AUGUCUGCCGAAAGCCCUGGCCCAAAGAAGUCCGGCUUCAAGUCGUUCUUCUCAAAUGCCCUCCGUCCCAAAAAAUCCCGCCAAACCCUCCGCAAAAACAGCUCUCGCUCUAUGACAGACCUCCGCCUAUCCACAUCCUCACGACCUAGCACCGACGAUGUACCCCCAAUGCCUGACCUCGCUCCACUCCAAGCCCACCGUGAGAAAUACAGACAAGCCCACGCAGCACUAGAUUCGCAACUAGGCGAGCGCCAAGACUACACCACCAUCAUCCACUCGAUAGGCGUGAUAGAAGGAGACGAUGCAUACGUAUCACCCGAGAUCUUCAAGGAGUACCGCAAACCUGGCGAAGGCGACAUCGCGAAACUCUCCUCGACAGUCUGGGCGCGGAUCGCAGAAUUCCUGAAUCCGGCCGAAGCGGCCUCGUUAGCGAUCUCUACCGUCACUCUCUACCGCCGACUGGGACCGAAGUAUUUCGCUACACUGGAAGCGCCGGAUAAUCAUGACUACAGAAUGCAGUUCCUUGUCUGGCUGGACCAGUCUCUUCCGCACUAUCUACUCUGUUUCCCAUGCGGGAAGUAUCAUCGACGAACGGCAGAGGGCUCGGAACGUGUAAAACCCGCUCACGUUGUGAAUCCACUCUUCAAUUGCCCUGAGGCUACUAACUCGACCAACCCACCGCCCCGACACCGAAUUACGCCUGGCCGAAUGCUCCCCUUCGCAUUCGUGCAGCUGACCAUGCGCGCGCACCGCUUCGGACCCAGCUACGGGAUCGCCGCCGACACGAUGAAUAAACGCUGGACACGAGAUGGAUGGUCGUAUGCCUCGCGGUUCCUUAUCCACGAAGGCAGACUUUUAAUGCGCAUAAAGAGCCAGACAUUUGCAGCACCAGAUCUGCCUCCAUCUCAAGUCAAGUUGCUCCUACAUUCCCGCGAAGACUACUGGCCAUAUUUCAGUGCGUGUGCGCACUGGCGCGAUGGCGUGUUAAUGCCCAAUUGUCGCUGUGCAUUGGAGCAUAUACCCAAACCGAGAAGUACGGGUGGGUUACAGGGGAUGGAGCAUAAAGUGCGAGAUACGUGGACGGGUUACAAGUUUGAUCCGAAUGCGUUGACGACGCUAUGUGGACAUUGUAGACCUAUUCGGAGGUGCCCGGAGUGUCCGACGGAGUAUUUGAUUGAAAUGAAGCUUACGGAGGAUCGGAGUGAUCCGCGUAAGAUGGUGUUUCGGCAGGCGAUUGUUAUUACCUGUUGGACUGAUCUUGGGGAUGGGACUAGUCCUGGUGGAAUUCAGUGGGCGUCUAUUAAUGGCGCGAGGGAUGAUUAUGAUUCGUUCAGUCAUCCUCAUUAUGCGAAAAGAGGUAUUGCGAGUAUAUUCGAGGCGGCUUUUACGGCGGAUACGCUGCCAGGUCAGAGGAUUCUUUCGUUGAAUCCGAAACAAAAGAAGUUGGGGGAGAAGGGGCAUGACUGGUAUUAG